AUGUCGCUGAUCUAUACAACCCAACGCGCCCUCCGUCAACCGGCAGGGAUCGUCUUCCUGCAUCCAUCCGAGCGAGUCUCGCGAUCCGAGCUCGACCGCCGAGAUCGAUGCUACCGUGCUAAGCGUGAAGCCGAAUACGCUCGUGCUUGGGCUGAAGACGCUACGUUAGUCGGCACCAUCAUCUACACCACCGAAAGCAACACGCGCAAUCCGAGCGAUAGGAGCAGCGUCCGUCGAAGAAGGAGGAACAACAACAGCGUAGCUCGUCGCUUGACCUGCUCAUUGAAGCUCAAAAAGCUGAAAAAUCUCUUCAGACAUGCCCAGCCUGCCGCUAGUUGA